AAUUUCGCAACAACCUACACGUGAAUCUAGGGACGCACUGUACUAUACCCGGCGUUUUAACCGAAAGAAGUCAAGGGUUCAGGUUCAAACAGUACUACUACUAGGCGUAGUAGGGAUAGAUCCAGUCUCGAGGAACGUAGCUAGUCCAAUCAGCUCAAGAUGGCCGAUUCCAGCGGAAAGAAGAGCAGAAUUGCGAUUGUCGGAGGAGGAUUGGUUGGUGCUAUGCAGGCGUGUUACAUGGCACAGCGAGGGUAUACAGUGGAUCUCUAUGAAUCCAGAGAAGAUAUUCGCAGAGCAGAGCAUGUGGCAGGUCGUAGCAUCAAUCUUGCUCUCUCUGUGAGAGGGCGAUCUGCAUUACGGCACAUAGGCUUAGAAGAAGAGGUGGUGAAAUCAGGAAUUCCCAUGCACGCUCGUCUCAUCCACAGUCUCGAUGGGAAGAAGAGUGCUCAGCCCUAUGGAACGAAAGGAGAGGCUAUUCUCUCAGUUGACAGGAGAAAACUCAAUGAACUUCUUCUGUCUGCUGCUGAGAAGGUGGAAUCAGUGACGAUGCAUUUUCAUCACAGGUUGAGUCAACUGGAUUUAGAUAAUGGAAUCCUCCAUUUCACAGAUAAGAAUGACCAUAAGGUGGAGGCCCAUGCGGAUCUGAUCUUUGGAUGCGACGGGGCCUAUUCCUGCGUACGACGCCAGCUGAUGAGGAAGACUUUGAUAGACUUCAGUCAGGAAUACAUCCCUCACGGCUACAUGGAGCUCUGUGUUCCCCCCGUGCCCGGUACCGAUGGGCAGCACAACAUGGAGAUCAACUACCUCCACAUAUGGCCGCGGAACGAGUUCAUGAUGAUUGCAUUGCCUAACCAGGACGGCUCCUUCACGCUGACCCUCUUCAUGCCUUUCAAGGAGUUUGAAGGCAUCAAGGCCCAGGGGGACGAGGGCGUGCUGGCAUUCUUUGAGAAGUACUUCCCUGACGCUAUUGAGAAGAUAGGGGUGCAGAGCCUCAAAGAAACCUACAACAGCAGCACACACCUCCCUCUGGUGUCCAUUAAGUGCUCCCCGUACCACUAUCAAGACAAGGCUGUUAUCAUGGGAGAUGCCUCGCAUGCCAUGGUGCCUUUCUAUGGACAAGGAAUGAACUGCGGUUUUGAAGAUUGCUUAGUAUUCAAUGAAAUCAUGGAUCAGUUUGAUGGUGACUUUGCUAAAGUGCUUCCGCAUUACUCCACAUUCCGGGGCCCAGAUGCAAAGGCCAUUUGUGACCUGGCAAUGUAUAACUACGUGGAGAUGAGGUCGUUGGUGAACUCUCGCUGGUUCCUCUUCCGUAAGAAGGUUGACUGGUUACUCAACUGGUUCCUGCCUUCCAAGUACAUUCCUCUCUACUCCAUGGUAACCUUCAGUCGGAUCAGAUACCACAUGGUCAUCAACAAGUGGAAGAAACAGGAUAAGAUUGUGAACAAUGGUCUGAUCCUGCUUGGUUUAUCGUCGUUGGGCAUGCUUGUGUGGCUCAUCUCGAGAGGGCGCCAGAUGCAAAUUGGCAAGUUGACAGAGAUGCUAACGGAAAGGAUACAAGAUUUCUUCUAAUGGAAUUAAAAUGUGAAGGCGAUUUCAUCGUAAACAUUGCUGUACAGUGCCUUUUAUGUCUUGAGCCUGCUGCACACUACAUUAUCUGACUAUGAUCAGAUUUUUGAAGAAUUUGUGACAGCAUUAUAAAUGAACAUGUAAACAUGUAAAAUCUUAAUGAAAUCUGAAUUUUAAAGGGAUUUCAUGCUCUCUUGGAGGGGGAAAGCUUGCUAAAUUGGCUCAGAAUCGUAGUGAUGUCCGGUCUUUUGUGCGAUUGUCUACGAUUUGAAGCCAAUUUGGCUUUUAUUUUGAAUAGGAGAGUUAAAUGCACUAAAAUACCAGUUGUUAAUAUUCUUAUUAUUUCUUAGAACCUUAAUCAGGAGGACAGUGGUUGUUCAGAUUUCUACCAAAGACAGAGUGAUACUUUGUUUGCAGAAUUAGAAUUAGUUGAAAAAUGAUUAUGUGGAGUUCAUAAAUACUUCUCUGUGCAUAGGGUUGUUCGUAUUUCUUUUCAUUUAAGCUAUAAUUUACUUCUUUGAUUUGAAUCAUUCUGCUCAAAUAAGAAAGAUUUAAAUCCCUUGAUUUUUUAGAAUCUUGGUAUAUGUUUGAAACAAUGUCGGUUUUAAUCGCUGACCCUGAUUUUAUUUAUGUUCUUAUGACAUAUGAUGUCACUUAUAUUUUGUUGUAAAAUGUGUGUGUGUGGGGGGGGGGGGGUGACAUCAAACCUUCACUUGACCCCACCCACACCACUCCAGACCCAUUUCCACUUCAAACUCCUUUGCUGAGUGCAAGAUUUAUUACAUACAUGCUCUUUCUCAGGGAAAACAUUGAUGAAAAAUGAAUAAAAUAAAAAUUAUCAUAAUUAUAACUACCAGUAGGUACCAGUUCUACGUUUUCAAGCUCAAAAUGGGAACAGGUUAUUGGAGAUGCAGCUUCUUACUCUUGACUUUUGAUAGCAACCCUAUUCAUUGUUUAUGAGUAACAGUAAAGUUUUAAGGGUUGACCCUGUGGGCAGUCCUAGGUUGAAAAAAGUUGAUGAGCUUCCCAUCCAAAGUGCUCUAGUCUCUUUUGCGAGCUCUUUGGCUCUGGCCACUUUGACUGACACAGUACAAUCAAUUUAAAGCCUGUCUGCACUAGUUUGGCCAGGAGGGAUUAGACUUCCCAGCAUGGUCACUGGCAGGUGGUUAUCUCGUCAAAUCAGCUCUCAAUUAAAAUAAGAAAAAGGGAUCAUGGAGGACCAACGGGUACCGCUUAGGCAUUGUUUGCUAUAAAGAGGGCGCAAGUAGGACAGUCCUGCUUUCAGACAAACAAAUGGGUUGUUUUCAAGCACAGAGUAUUCAUGGAAAAUAAAAUGGUUGAAAGGAAGUGACCUUUGUUAGACAUUCCUAUUGUGUAUGUACACAUCAUUAUUUUCAGCGUCGGUAUCUCAUUUAGAACCAGUAAUCUAGUCACCACAGUAUUCUAGACACCACAGUAUUCUAUACAUGAGUGUAAUUGCUGCCUAUAGAGAAGGCCAUUUUCUUCUUGCAAAAUCAUGAUGUAUAAUCAGUGAUUUUGUUUUGUGUGUGCUUUACAUAGUAUGCACAUAUUCUGUAAUAAUGUAUCAUUAGGUUUUAAGUCUUGAAAGAUAGAGGAUUAAGUCUGAAGUUGCAAUUGGGUGUUACGGUGGGGUUAGGGUUAGGUAUACGGUAGCUUUGGGUCCAAGGUUAAAGGUUAAAGUUCCAAAUAUGUUAAUGUGGUUAUUGUGUUUUCUUUUUCAGCUGAGGUUAGCCUUAAUCUACAAUUCAUUGAGUGAUUGAAUUAAAUGUAUUACUAAAAAAAUGAUUAUUCCAGUGGCUGCGUAUUUUAGCACCAAUUGCCUGCUUUUGUAAAUGUACAUAGUCAUAUAUUUUUGUAAUAUUAAUAAUGGAAAAUUUAUUGUAUAUUGUGCUUUUUUUUCUUCUUUUCUUCAUGUGAGUCCAUUUUAAAUCCAUUAUAGGGCUGAUGACAGCGUGCGUCAAUAGCAUUGAUCCAACUAGCUUGAGGAAUACAAACUAACUUGUCUUGCCAAACAAUAUUAGUUUCUGAAAUGUUAGAUUUUCAAGGUGAGAUUCAAGCAUUUUAAUAGUAUCCAAUAUCUUGUGUAUUUUGUUUGGGUGUUGUAAUUAUAAGGUUGUAAUGAUGAAAAAUGGGCCCCCAAUCAAGUGAUAAAAUCAAAAGAAUUGAAGAAAGAGAUAAGGGAGGAGGGGGGAAACAUUUUGUCGAUGUUUUUUUUAACCGACGAAUAUGUACAGUAAUGUAUAUGGCGGAUUCGUCAUUAAAAAAAAACACUGGCAAAUAUUAAAUGAGGAAUGGAAUUAAGCCUGGACUAUCUCCUGCACCCUCCUUCUAAUCAUUAGCCUUGUAUAUUUGCAUUUCACUUUCCGAGUAAGACCAGUGCCCUGUCAUGUGUGGGCUCGUGCUACGCCACUGAAAAGCAGCAUGUCUGUAUUAGUAAAGUACUGAGUAAAAACAUUCCAGAGAAAGUCACUAUUCUUUUGGGUAAUUGUAGUACCGGUAAUUCCAUGAUUAUUGAUGUAGUUUUUUCCAAGAAUUUGAUGAACUGGUGUAGUGAAUUUUAUUUUUCAAUUGUUGAACAUCACAAACUUUUAUACUUGUACAUAGAUAUAUAAUAAAGUGCUUUUUCCUCUCACUAA